GUAAACCGCUGGCCAAUGAAACCAGAGUUGGUUCAUGCGGACGUGUUCCCAAGCGAACAUAGCCCUGCUACAGUCGACAAGGCUUGGAAUAAAUUCGACCAGGUGGCACGAAACCUCAUCAAAUAUGGCUACGACGAUCAAUUUAUCGAGGCUGAGAUGUUUGUAACUAAGCAGGGCGAUGUACACUUGAUGGAGAUCAAUGGAAGAACUAUCUUUACUGUGCAUAGAUCAUCUUAUGUCCUGAACAACGGUGACAUGGUGGCUGCAGUAGUCGACAUUGCCACGGGCGUACGUCCUACACCACCAACCUAUAACGGAAAGCGAACUGGCCUACUCUACUUGUCUAUACUCGAGUCUGGGAGGCUAGGUGAAAUAAUUGACAUGGAAUUCUACAAUUCUCCGACUGCACUGGACCUGUGUGAUCCCGUGAAGGAAGACAUGUAUGUUGAUUGCUCACGUUUUAACGUCAGUUGUCUCCGUUGUUAA